AUGAAGGAGACCUCCACCUACCUGCUAAACCGCGCCAGCGUCCUCUUCGGGCGCCCCUCCUACCGGAAGCCUUCGACGGAGCCGGAGCCCGGCUGCCUCGAUGGUUGCUUCGCCCGGUUCCUCGGAUACCCCAGCGGCAGCACGAAGGCCGCCGUGGUCACUUACGGCGAGCGGAAGGAAACAGAGCGUAAAGCGAAGACAGCGAAGAGCAUGAAGGAAGCACUCCAAGAAGCACCCUUCAACUCCGCAACAGGUCACCGGCGUCACCCAUAA